AGAUUGAAAACGGCGGCGAAGGAUGAGGGCAGCGAAAAGCCUCUGGACCUGUUCCUGAAGAUCGGUUUGGAUGAGCGUAUUGCGAAGAACACUGUGGCGAACAACAAGGUUACCGCAAAUCUAACGACUGUCAUUCAUGAGGCAGCUGUAACUGAUGGAUGCGACCGGACUAUUGGAAAUCUUCUUUACACGGUUGCAACAAAGUUUCCGGCAAAUGCCCUUGUGCAUCGCCCAGUGUUGCUGCAAUAUAUUGUCUCGUCAAAGAUAAAAACUCCAGCCCAAUUGGAAGCUGCAUUUUCAUUUUUUGCAACUACUGGUUCCGUGAAUUAUAACAUCAAUGAAUUUGAAGAGGCUUGUGGUGUUGGAGUUGAAGUGUCUGCUGAAGAUAUAGAUCUCACUGUUAAUGUGAUCUUUGAAGAGAGCAAGAAUGUAAUUCUGGAGCAACGCUAUAGAACAAAUGUUGGGGAACUAUUUGCUCGUGUACGAAAGCGACAGCCAUGGGCUGAUCCAAAGAUUGUCAAGCAACUCAUAGAUGCAAAAUUAUAUGCAUUGCUUGGUGAAAGGACGGCAGCAGAUGAUGAAAAGCCUAUUAAGAAGAAGAAAGAGAAGCUUGUUAAAGAUCAAACUCCUGUUGUGGAUACAUUGCAGAAACCAUCUGAAGAAGAACUUAAUCCAUUUUUGAUAUUCCCUUCCCCAGAGGAGAAUUUUAAGGUGCAUACCGAGAUAUUUUUCAGUGAUCGCCCUGUGCUGAGAGCUUGCAAUUCAAGAGAAAUACUUGAAAAACAUUUGAAUGUGACAGGAGGAAAAGUUUUUACCCGCUUUCCACCAGAACCAAAUGGGUAUCUACAUAUUGGUCAUGCCAAGGCUAUGUUCGUUGACUUUGGCCUGGCAAAAGAAAGAGGUGGAUGUUGCUAUCUGAGGUAUGAUGAUACGAAUCCUGAAGCUGAAAAGAAAGAGUAUAUAGAUCAUAUUGAAGAAAUUGUACGUUGGAUGGGCUGGGAACCUUUCAAGAUCACUUACACCAGUGAUUAUUUCCAAGAUCUUUAUGAUCUAGCGGUGGAGCUGAUAUGGAGGGGUCAUGCUUAUGUUGAUCAUCAGACACCCGAGGAGAUAAAGGAAUAUAGGGAGAAAAAGAUGAACAGUCCUUGGAGGAAUCGACCAAUUGCAGAGUCAUUGAAACUGUUCAAUGAAAUGAAAGAAGGCAAGAUUGGUGAAGGCGAAGCGACCCUCAGAAUGAAGCAGGACAUGCAGAGUGAUAAUUUCAAUAUGUAUGACCUCAUUGCAUAUCGUAUCAAGUUGACUCCCCAUCCACAUGCAGGAGACAAGUGGCGUAUAUACCCUAGUUACAAUUAUGCUCAUUGUAUUGUUGAUUCUCUUGAGAAUGUUACACAUUCGCUUUGUACACUUGAAUUCGAAACACGCCGGUCUUCAUACUACUGGUUAUUGGAUGCCCUGGGUCUUUACCAACCUUAUGUAUGGGAAUACUCUCGCUCGAAUGUCACUAACACUGUGAUGUCAAAGCGUAAGUUGAAUCGCCUUGUGACACAAAAGUGGGUUGAUGGUUGGGAUGAUCCUCGUCUGAUGACAUUAGCCGGGUUACGACGUAGAGGAGUUACUUCAACCUCAAUUAAUGCUUUAGUUCGAGGAAUUGGAAUUACUAGAAGUGAUUGUAGUAUAAUACAUUUGAACCGCCUUGAGUAUCAUAUAAGAGAAGAACUGAACAAAACAGUGCCUCGCACAAUGGUUGUGCUUGAUCCACUCAAGGUUGUUAUUACAAACCUUGAAGCUGGCUUAGUGAUGGAUCUUGAUGCAAAAAGAUGGCCUGAUGCUCAGAUAGAUAAUGCAUCUACUUUCUACAAAGUCCCGUUCUCUAAUGUUGUGUAUAUCGAACACACUGAUUUUCGGUUGAAAGAUUCUAAAGAUUACUACGGGCUUGCUCCUGGUAAAUCUGUCCUACUUAGAUAUGCAUUCCCUAUUAAGUGCACAGAAGUUAUCUUUGGGGAUGAUAAAGAGACUGUUGUUGAGAUUCGAGCUGAGUAUGAUGCUUCUAAGAAGACAAAACCAAAGGGUGUUCUCCACUGGGUCUCAGAGUCUUCUCCUGGGCUUGAUCCACUCAAGGUGGAAGUCAGAUUGUUUGACAAACUUUUCCUUUCUGAGAGUCCUGCAGAGCUGGAUGAUUGGCUUGGUGAUUUGAACCCACAGUCGAAAGUGGUGAUGUCAGAUGCAUAUGCCGUGCCUUCACUUAAAAAUGCUGCAGUUGGAGAUAGAUUUCAGUUUGAAAGGCUUGGUUACUUUGUUGUCGAUAAGGACUCCACACCUGAAAAACUUGUCUUCAACCGAACUGUCACACUUCGAGACAGCUACAGCAAAGGCGGAAAGGCUUAAACGACUAAAGAAACUCCAAUUUGAAGGAAGAUGUGGACAACUGAUCUCAUCAGAUUGUUCUGCGGUUGGAGAUUUUAGCCACUAUUUGGGUGCCAAUGCAACUAUUUCUAACGAAGCUCCAGAUUGUGGUUUGAUGGACAGGUUUGCCAUAGGAACUACCAUUCCUAUCUCCUUUAAGUUUAAGAGGAAGCAGGUAGUAAAAAAUUUAACAACACAGAAAAUCUGAAAAUUUUGAUCCUUGAAGCAGGGAUGGAACUUAACGAGUUUAUAUGAAGAUAUAUAUAAAUAUAUUCUUUGUGCAGGCCUCAAAUUGGGGCAUUCCCAUGGUGGGGUUCUCAAGCCGGAUGUUUUUCCGUCUUUGGCAGGAAAACCUUCCUGCAAAGCAGAAGGUAGAUUUUGGGUUAUUGAUUUCGAUGUAAAUUUGUUUUUUAACAGUCAAUUCAAUUCUUGCUAGGAAAGUGGGCACUUAAGUUGGCCUACGUUUGAUUUUAGUCUGUUGCUUCCCUUGCUAUGGUUCUUUAUUCUUUUUGUAGCAAUGGGUCCUUGACCUUGACUACUUGAAUAAAAUCAAGAGAAAAAUUCACUCUCUCCA